AUGAAAAAAAGGAAACAGACAUUGGGGUCGUCCAAAAGCCGGACUUCCACCACGUCUGCUGUACCUACUAUCUCUAUUACUUUGGCAACAACUGGCUCAGCCGCGGUUAAAACUCGCUCCCCAUCAACAUCUGCGCCGCGGCAGCGAGAGAAUAAUAAGCAGGAAGAAAAUCGGGUGACAGGACACGUGCAACACCCACCACUGGCGGUGAGCUUGCGCCUUAUUCCCAAUGUAUGCUCUGUAGUGUCCUCUACGACCGGGGCGGCACAAUCAUAUUCUAGAGGACAAAUAGGAAUUAGUAAUGACUGGUCAAAAUGGAACUUUAAUAAAGCAGAUUAUCAUAUAUUAUACACGCCUUUGUUACCAGUAGACUGGGGUACGCUGUACAGCUUGAGCGACGUGGAUGAGAUGGUUGUAUAUUUUACUUGGUCUUUUUGGCAAUAUGUUAAGGAUCACACACGACCAUUGAAAAGGGAAGGUAUUGUAACAGAUGGAAUAAAUUUAACGGAGGAGGAGCGUGCUAACGAAUUUGCCCAGUUCUUCAAAAGUGUUUACAGUGCCGAGACGCCACAACUCGAUGUGAAUGCGGCAGCAGCAUAUGGGACGAGCAGCGCCCGUGUUCACUUAGAUGAUUUCACCUUGCGGGAAGUGAGUGAAGCACUGGUGCACCUUAAACCUAAGCGUUCGGCCGGUUCUGAUGGCCUACCACCUUUUCUUUUUAGGGACUGUGAGAGACUACUGGCAGCGCCGCUUCACCAUAUAUUUAGCACUUGUCUAAAGUCAAAUAUUUUCCCAGCACAAUGGAAAACCACUAGGGUUACACCUGUUCCAAAGGGGAUCCCGGGACCGGAUAUACCGGCUCAAUUGCGCGAUGAACAGCACGGGUUUAGACCAGGACAUAGUACGACUAUGAAUCUGUUGGACUUGAUGAUGUACACAAUGAUGUACAUGUAUUUGAUGCCUGUAGUGGAUGCUGGGGGUCAAGUUGAUGUAGUUUACCUGGAUAUAAAAAAAGCAUUUGACACGGUGGACAAUGACAUUCUUCUUAGGAAGUUAGCGGCGUUCGGCUGUAUACCAAAACUGCUACAUUUCUAG